AUGGAGAAUAACCAGACUACAGUGACAGAUUUCAUUCUGCUGGGAUUUCUGGUUAGCCCAAAGAUGAAGAUGAUUCUCUUUGGGUUAUUCUUCCUUUUCUAUACCUUCACUCUGCUGGGAAAUGGGGUCAUCUUGGGUCUGAUUUGUCUUGACUCCCGACUCCACACUCCCAUGUACUUCUUCCUCUCCCAACUGGCUCUUGUUGACAUCUGUUAUGCUUCAAACACAGUCCCCCAGAUGCUGGUAAAUCUCCUAGAUCCAGUCAUGCCCAUCUCCUUUGCAGGGUGCAUCAUGCAGAACUCUUUCUUUUUGACAUUUGCCCACACUGAAUGUUUUCUGCUUUUAGCAAUGAGCUAUGACCGUUAUGUGGCCAUCUGCCAUCCCCUUAGGUACAUUCUCAUUAUGAACUGGGGAGUGUGUAUUGCAUUGGCCAUCACAUCUUGGGCAUGUGGAUCUCUCCUAGCUUUGGUCCAGGUGGUUCUCCUGCUUAGAUUGCCUUUCUGUGGACCUCGGGAAAUCAACCAAUUCUUCUGUGAACUUCUUUCUGUACUGAAACUUGCCUGUGCAGACAUAUGGCUGAACAAAGUGGUCAGUCUUAUUGCCUCUGUGCUUAUCUUAGUUGUACCCCUCUGUUUAGUACUAACAUCCUAUACACGUAUCCUUGGUGCUAUCCUGAAAAUCCAGUCAGGGACAGGAAGAAAGAAAGCCUUCUCUACAUGCUCUUCUCAUCUCUCUGUGGUCGGACUUUUUUUUGGUAGUGCCAUCAUCAUUUACAUGACCCCCAAAUCCAAGAACUCUGAAGAGCUACAGAAAAUUCUUUUCUUGUUUUACAGCUUCUUUAAUCCUACCCUUAACCCUUUGAUCUAUAGCCUAAGAAAUGCAGAAGUAAAAGGUGCAUUAAAGAGAUUGCUUAGGAAGGAGAGCGUAAGUUAA